CAGAAUUUAGGCAGCUUGGGAGGAGUCUGACAAACCACCAUAUAAAUGCAUUGGAGAGAAACAUGUAAGUCAUCUCCCAUCACAGCUGGACCUUCUUCGGGCAUCUUCCAAAGGAGUCUUCUCUGCUUUGGGAGUAUCUGGUGUUGGUUGCCAUAAUGAAGCUUUUUGAAGGGCCUGGCCUCCUUUCCUUGGCGAUGUUGGCAGCUUUGGUACCCGUAUCUGAGCUGGCAGCAGCCACUCCGCCUCCUCACAUCAAGCCCAGAUACAUUCAUUUCCUGAACCAACACCGGGAUAACUCCAACACAAACACCGGAGGAACGUACUGCGACAAGAUGAUGGAGAAACGAGGGCUGACCCGUCCAAACUGCAAGGAAAGGAACAGCUUCAUCCAUGCCUCCGAUACGGACAUCAAAGCCGUGUGCGGGAAUCAAGGGGAGCCCUAUGGGACCCAGCGCCGGAGCUGCAGUCAAUUCCGGGUCACCACCUGCACCCUGAAAGGUGGCUCGACCCGUCCCCCUUGCAAGUACACACACGACAACAGGCCUCGCUAUAUUGUCAUUGCUUGUGAAGAAGGGUUCCCGGUCCAUUACGACGAAGGCAAAGUCAUUGUAGAUGAGAAAUGGCCAUGCAAAAAGUAA